AUGGCAGCGACUGCGGCUUCAUCGUCGACCCUACCCAGGCACCACAGAGCUCUUGUUCUCGAAACACUCGAACGAGGGUUCUCUGUCAAGACGGUCCCGACACCUCAACCAGGUCCUGGUAGCGUGGUGGUCCGCAUCAUCGAAGCAGGAGUGAUCUCGUACCAUCGCGACAUCUACAACGGAGCACGACACUACGACUUCCCCAAGCCGAUCGUGGGCGGGCUGAGCGCGAUUGGGCGCAUUGUGGCCGUGGGAGAGGACGCCGUGGUGCUGGCGCCGGGGCAGCUCGUCUACGUGGACUGCGUGAUCCACGCGCGCGACAACCCGGACUCGCUGUUCCUCACGGCCAUCCACGACGGCGUCGACGCCGCGAGCCGCAAGCUGAGCAGCGAGGUGUGGCGCGACGGCGCGUUCGCAGAGUACAUGAAGGCGCCGCUGGAGAACUGUUUCCGGCUGGACGAGGACCGGCUGUGCGGCGGCGGGCCCGGCGGACUGGGCUACACGACCCGCGAGCUCAUGUACAUGAUGUACCUGCUCGUUCCGUUCGGCGGGCUCCGAGACAUCCGCGUCGAGCCCGGCGAGACGGUCGUCGUGUCUCCUGCCACGGGCGGCUUUGGAGGCGCAGGCGUCCAGGUAGCUGUUUCGAUGGGCGCGAGGGUGAUUGCAAUGGGCAGGAACGAGAAGGAACUGGCAAGGCUAAAAGAACACGUCAAGAAGGGAAAUCCAAACGCGGAAAUCGAAACGGUCAAAAUUUCCGGAGUCUUCGAAACCGACGUCGCUGCGUUGCAGGCGUUCGGAACCAUUGACGCCGUCGUCGACUUGACCCCGCAAUGGGCGAGCAAGUCCACACACUUGAAGAGCGCGAUUCAAUCUUUGCGGCGUCAGGGGAGGUGUAGCAUGAUGGGCUUCAUCGAGGACGUCAUCGUGUGGAAUACCAUUUCACUCAACAUCACCAUCAAGGGAAAGCUGAUGUACGAGAGGGAGGACAUUGUGUUGUUUAUCAAGAUGAUGGAGAGAGGCUUGUUUCCCAGGGGAAAGGAUCUUGUGGUUCCCAAAGUGUACAAGAUGGAGGAGUGGAAGGAGGCCUUGGAUGCGGCGGCGGAGUGGACUGGCAUAGGAAAGACGGUCAUGAUUGAGCCAUGA